AUGUCGAAGAUUUUAGAAGCGCCGUUGUCCCUAAAGGCAGAUGUUUGGACACAUUUUGGUUUUAAAGCAAAGGAAGGAAACCAAGGGAUCGAUAAAACAAAUGCAAUCUGCAAGCAUUGCCAGGCUUCUAUACGCUACACCGGUAAUACAACUAACCUGCGCUCCCACCUGCAAAGACACCAUGCAGACAAGCUAGCUUCGCCGCAGCCCAAAAAAACACGGGACCCCACGCAAACUACUUUGGACAACACAACAUCCAAGCUUCCAUCUAACUCAGUCCGUGCACAGAAGAUUACGGAGUCUGUGGUGCAUUAUAUUUGCAAAGGUUUAUGUCCCUACAGUGUUGUCGAGAACACAGGCUUUCGCUUUAUGAUCAACACGUUAGAUCCCCGUUACGUGAUCCCUACCCGCAGCUACAUGACCGACAAAGCAGUACCGAGAAUAUAUGACAAAGUCAAAGACGAUGUUAAGUCAGCCCUGAGUUCUGCCCCACGAGUGUUACCGAAAGCGGCGCUGGAGGAGUGGGACCUCGUAUCCAAAGACCCAGCUAUUGUGACUGACAACGCCGCAAAUAUGAGCGUCGCAGCGGAGCUUGCCGGUAUGUUGCAUUUCAGGUGCUUCGCUCACACUUUAAACCUGGCCUCGCAGUGUGCACUGAAGCUUCCUGCUGUCGCUUGUUUAUUGGGACGUGUUAGACGGAUAUCCACCUUUUUUAAGCGCAGUACCACAGCCAGCCACGUACUUCGACAGAAGCAGAAGUUGCUCGAGUUGCCUGAACAUAAACUGAUCACUGAUGUUGUGACGCGCUGGAAUAGCGCGCAUGAUAUGCUCGAGCGCUUUCUUGAGCAGCAACCCGCUGUCUCCGCUGCUCUUCUGUCCAACGAGCUUAGGAAAACCGAGAAAGAAGUUUGCACCCUAUGUGAGUCGGACAUUACAUCUGCGGAGGAGAUAGUGGAUGCAAUGAAGCCCAUGAAGAUUGCUACUCUUGUAAUGUCAAAAGAAAGCUCUCCAACACUGUCAGUUGUGACCCCUCUUCAUGCUCAGCUCAUCCAGGAUUUCCAAGAGAGCAGAGCAGAUAGUGAGAUAGUGAAAGAAAUCAAAGCGGCUAUUUGCCAAGAUUUGAGCAAGAGGUACAUGGAUCAGCAGAAAGAGACCAUGUAUGUAUGUUCAGCACUCGAUCCAAGAUUCAAAGCUUUGCCCUUCCUUCCUGAUGAUGAACGAGAGGAAAUAUACUUGAGAAUCACUGCAGAAGCUCGAAGAAUUCAAGAACUAUUUCAGAUAAGCCCUUCAAAACAAUAUAUUGUAAAGGAAGAGGCUAAAGUGAUACCAGGAGAGGAGGACAAUCAUGUGGAAGACAAGGAUGACAUUCCUGCCAGCCCACCACCCAAGAAGAAAAAGGACUUGUGCUGUUUGGCUGAUCUGCUUGGUUCAACUUACAGUGCAGGUCCUGCGGUGAGACACAGAACCACACAGGCCCAGGCAGAAGAGGAGAUGUCAAGGUACAAGGAGGCACCACCCCUGUCUCUUGCUGAGGGAAGUCCACUCAGUUGGUGGAAAGAGCACCAGAAUGAAUAUCCACUAAUGUCACGCCUUGCCAAAGUGUACCUGUGCAUUCCAGGGACUAGUGUCUCCUCGGAGCGCGUUUUCUCUAUGGCAGGCGAUAUCGUAACAGCACAGAGAAGUGUACUAAGCUCAAAGCAUGUUGACCAACUUCUGUUUUUGAACAAAAAUCUUAAGUCAUAGGAUAAAGCUAGCAUUACCAAGAGUAUCCUCAGGUUAUUGUUUUGUUGCUGCAGUGAUUUUUGUUCAACCUGCCUUUUUUAGGACAAACCUGGUUUAGCCUUAAGAUUUUAAAAAUCCAUCCUGUUAUGAGGUAGAUUUGUUGUUGUGCCAAAUGUUAAAGCAAGAUAUAGCAUUUAAGUGAUUUCAUAGUGAAAUAUGUUAUGGCAGUACAUGGUGUCACAAAAAAGAAUUAUAAGAAGAUUUAAUAAGAAGUUAAGAAUAAGAAGAAGAAGAUUUUGUUCUUGUGUGAGCUCAGACUGUACCCUUGGAAAGUUAAAUGUUGACUUGUGGUAAUUUCCAGAUUAAUACAAUUUGUGUACAAUUAAUCAGAGCACUUAAAGCUGCAAAUAUUUAAGCAAAAUGC